AUCCGAAACAUUUUCAUUAGCUCAAAUAUCAGAUUCAUCUUAGAUUUCCUUAUCAAAACAAAGCUUGUUUCUAAUGGAUGCAACUGCAACUCUUCCAUCUAAAAUGAAAGCUUGGACUUACGCUGAAUAUGGAAAAUCAUCUGAUGUUCUGAAACUAAACUCCGAAGUUGAUGUACCCCAAAUGAACGAUGAUCAAGUUAUUGUCAAAGUUGUAGCAGCUGGGAUCAAUCCCAUUGAUUUCAAAAGAAUGGCUGGAAUGCUCAAACACACCGAUUCCCCUUUCCCUAUUAUUCCAGGAUUUGAUGUUGCAGGUGUGGUGGUGAAAGUGGGGGGUCUAGUUAAGAAAUUCAAGGUAGGGGAUGAAGUGUAUGGGGAUAUUAAUGAGAAGGGCGUGCACCCAACACAAUUUGGAACCAUAGCUGAAUAUACUGUUGCUACAGAGAAGCUUUUGGCUUUGAAACCCAAAAAUCUCAGCUUCAUUGAAUCUGCAGGGCUGCCUUUGGCCAUGGAGACUGCCUAUGAAGGUCUUGAACGAUGCCACUUUUCUGCAGGCAAAUCUCUCCUUGUAUUGGGUGGCGCUGGUGGAGUCGGAACCAUGAUUAUUCAGCUAGCUAAGCAGGUGUAUGGAGCAUCCAAAAUAGCAGCCACCUCAAGUACAGGAAAACUAGAAUUGCUGAAGACCUUGGGUGCUGAUUUGCCCAUCGAUUACACUAAGCAAAACUUCGAAGAUCUGCCAGAGAAAUUCGAUGCUGUAUAUGAUGCAGUCGGGCAAUCUGAGAGGGCGGUGAAGGCAGUGAAAGAAGGUGGGCAUGUUGUGACUAUAUAUGGUGCAGUGGCUCCACCGGCAACUUCAUUUUUUCUUACUUCAGAUGGAACCAUUUUGGAGAAAUUGGAGCCUUUCUUGGAGAGUGGUAAAGUGAAGCCAAUUAUUGAUCCCAAAGGCAUGUUUUCAUUUACCGAGACUCCUCAAGCGUUUGCUUAUCUUGAAACUGGCCGAGUUGUUGGAAAAGUGGUCAUUUCUAUAACGCCAUGAUUUUCAAGAUCAUUAUAUAUUAUAGUAGUAAAACCGUACGACUGUAUCAAGAGGAAUGUUAUCUGUUUUACAUGAAUAAUCCAUCUUGAGUAAAUAAAUCUCUUUUUGUAA